AUGUCGUCCUUCUACCACUACAACACACAUCAGCAUCCUGCUUCGGCGAACGCCCACUCGACGCAAAAUUCACACCAUAAUGGUCGUGGUCGUCGGGCGCCUCGUUUGUCGCAGAAUCCACACAAGCAAUUCCGGACGGUGAGGAAAGAAGAGGAGGCUGUGGUGUUAACCAACUACCGUCAACGCUUCGAAGCCGGAAGAUCGUUCGACCUCGACGACGACUUGGAGUUCUGUCCAAAUUUACUCACCGAGACGGAUAUGAUCUCGAUCCACUCGUCGUCCUCUGACCGCUCAUCUCUGUCGAGCGGAUCCCCAGAGUCCAGCCCCCAAACACAUCAAGUGGCACCCGACACCGGUUUCUCUCUCAACUCCAACUCGAACCCGUACAUACCUUCUUAUCAGAGCCAGCCCACCCCUUUGAAGCUGCAUCAGCCGGCAGCUACUCGCAUCCGUAAUGCCAUCCCGAUCGUCAACCCGAGUACGGGAAUUAGCAUGUCCAGCCCACCACAAUCCGUGAGUCCAGGUCGUGCUCUUCAACAAAUGGGUCGCCGUUGGUAG